AUGUCUGUGCAACAGGAGGAUCAACUUGUAGAUUUCAAGGAGGCCUUCGGUCUCUUUGACAGAAUUGGUGACAACCAGGUGGCUUACAACCAGGUGGCUGACAUUAUGCGCGCUCUCGGCCAGAACCCCACCAACAAGGACGUUGUCGCUAUCCUGGGCAACCCCACCGCAGAAGACAUGGCCAACAAGAGGAUCAACUUUGACACCUUCCUGCCCAUGCUGAAACAGGUGGACGCUCUGCCCAAGGGUACAUACGACGACUACGUUGAGGGUCUGCGCGUCUUUGACAAAGAGGGCAAUGGCACCGUCAUGGGUGCUGAGCUGCGUAUUGUGUUGUCCACCCUGGGAGAGAAGAUGAGCGAGCCCGAGAUCGAUGCCCUCAUGGCAGGCCAGGAGGAUGAGAACGGCAGUGUUCACUAUGAGGCUUUCGUCAAGCACAUCAUGUCUGUGUAA